AUGAACAGCCCGGCAGACUCGCAGGUGCCCAGGGCGCGAGGCAAACGCGGACCGGCCGCGUCCUCGUGCGACUCAUGUCGACGAAGACGCAUCGCCUGCCGUCGCCGUUCUGGCGAGUCGAGCGGACCUUGCGAGUCCUGCGAGAAGAAGGGUCUCUCCUGCGUCUUCGGCAGCUAUGGGCCGGGUCGUGCCGACAUCGUCAAAGCAUUCAAUCCCUCGAUUCUCACAGGACCCCCUUCCGUCGACAGCCGCCUUGCAGACGCCGAACUCGCCAAUUCCUUGGGCUUGGAGCUCCUCGCGCUCUACGGCGACGGCGGCUCGAAUGGACGAAGCACGGCGCUGUAUCCCCUCCCCAUCUUCGAUUACGCUUCUCUCGCAACUCGCUUUCAGAUGCGCGGUGGCAGGCUGUCCGAGCUGUCGAGGGAUGAUCAGCUUCUGUGCCGCAUCAUCUUUGCGUCAGCGGUGCCACAUUGGCAGUCUACAGCAUCCGCCACGCCCGACACCCGCAAGGCACUCGCGCGACAGCUCCUCAGCGCUGCGCAGGAGAGCGCCGACACGCUCGGCAUCUGGCGCAAGCCAGGCUCUAUCAGCACAAAGAGUCUAUUGAUGCUGCAGCAGAUCGUGAAUGGCGGCGACAUCGCCAGCGACGAGUCGCUCAUCUGCCUCUCGACUUGCGUCGUUCAGAUCGAGCUGCUCGUCGAAUCUGCCGCGCCGAUGAGCCCUUCCGCCGUGCUCGUGGACGGUGGGACAGCGAUGAUUUGGAAUGCUGGGCUGUUCGACGCGGCGGCCUCGAUCGAGCGGAAGAAAGAGCCAUAUUUCUCAGCGUCGGACUACUCGCUCAUGUUCGGCUACGCCGGCAAACUUCCAUCUGCCGAGCUGCUCGAGGCCGCACUUUCCGCCGACGCCUGGAGCGUGACGGUCUGCGCCCUCUUCGGUCUGCGCGCAUAUCUCAACGUCGCGCGUCGGAUUGCGACACUCCUCGUGGGAACCAAGAGCAUGCCUCAAGCUUUGGCGGAUGAGGCGGACUUCGAGGCUCGCUGGCGAGACCUCGACGCUCUCUACAGUUGGGCAAGUAUGGCGGCCGAUCUGGCAUUGCGCGGCGACAAGGGCGAUGCGUUUGCACGCGCGAACCUCGAGUUUUACUGCAACUUCGCAUACGGUCCGGCCAUCGCCGCCGAGUUCGCCAUAUUGCAGCACCUCGAGGAACUUGAUCAGCACGAUUCUGCUCACGCCUGCAGCCCAGCCGAUCAGAUCUCGCCUUCGCUGCUCUCAACAGCGCGUGCACGUUUCCCUGUCCAGCUUUGCCGAUACCUGCGAGAUGUUCGGACUACGGACGGGUCCAACUUCUUCGCCGUCCUCGGAGGAACGAUGAUCUCCCUCUCACGCAUCCUCGCCAUCAUCCGCUGCUUCUUGCAGACGUCUGCCUGGGACAUGUCGCUACACGCAAGUCCUGUUGACAAGCUCGGGUCCCUGGACUACCUCCUCUCGGCGCUCGACCUCAUCGCUCAGAGCUACCCCGGAGCGCCAGGUCUCGCCACAGUACGCGAGGAAGCCGAAGCGGAACGACUGGCGCUCGUCAUGCUCACCGGCACAUCGCCCCGUCGGCUGCUUUCGGACAUCAACCUGCUCUCGCGUCCCUCGCUCGGUCGUCUCAACGCCUGGACCUUUGCCCACGACGUCUCCCAGACAGCGCCGCUCUUGCUGCACCAGAUCGUCGAGGCGCUCUACAAGGACGACCCGCCCGACAACGGUACCGUCAGCGGCACGUUCGAUCCGGACAGCUUCAUCUCAACCGAAGCCUUCGCGGCGACUCUCUGGCCGACUACCGAUGGUCGCUUGAGCGAUCUCUUCGAUGCGCCGUCUGAACUGACUGCUGAAGGCACCGGCGGGACAGACGAUACGCAGGCGCUCCUCAAUCCCCUCAUCGACAACGCCAACCGGGCAUCCUCCUCCUCCGCCUUGCUCUCUCCCAGCUUCCUUUCCCCUGACAUUGCAACAGCAUUCGACUCGACAGCCAACGAAUCGCAUUUCUCGUCCACCUUCCCGCUCCCUGCCUUUGCGCCGGCUGCGCAGGAUCCUUUUGGCGCCUCGACGACGAACAGCGCCGGCAACUUCGACUGGUUCGACGCAGCGGGCGACUACGGCGCACCAUAG